GGUUUCUUUAGGGAGACCUUCAGAGUGUCGUUAGAACCAAAUGACGACUACUCAGUUCUAUUUGGAGAGACAAGAUCUGCACGAGUUGGAAUUAAGGAUAAUGACAUGGUGAGGGUGGAAAUGGAUCUUGAUGCAAGUACGCUCACCAUAAGAGAAGGCAGCAAUGAACCAGCUCAAAUAUGUGCUAAGAUAGUGGCACCACAUGCUGUUUGUCCAAUUGAAUUUUCUGCUUCGUUUGCCUUCCUUUCUGAAACGACUGGCUCAGCAGAAUCAGGACCAACCGAAGAUUUUGUGGCACUCUCAAUAAUGAAACCGAUUAGGAAGUGUGAAACUGCAACGUGCGCUGAAUUGGUCUAUAAUGACGACAAUAUAGUGGAAAUGGACGAAGUUUUUGAUGUGUAUAUAACAAACAGUCCGGGCCUGAUUCAAAGCAUCGAUAUUGAUCGUAGCAGAAGAGCCGUAACGAUUAUUGAUGAUGACAUUGCUAUAAUUGGUCCUCCUCCGAUCAUUGAAGGCUAUGAAUCACGUGGUGUUGUAGAGGUUAAUAUUGUUGCUGCCGAAGGGCUCGAUGAUGACUGUCAAGUGGAUUUCCAUGUUAAUCUCAACCUCACUAUCCCUGACGUGUUCAAUGAAAUUCUGGUGUUUCAGCGUGUGUGUGAAGAUAGAGUACAGUUUUCAGCUGAAUAUUGAUGACGACAAGGUGGAGGAGAGCAACGAAGAACUAACGAUAAUUUUGGAAAAUAUAGACCAGCGCAACAAUAUUGUGCUCAAGAGUGGAACUAUUGUAGUCAUGGAUGAUGGAGAUCUUGGUAUUGUGAGUGUGACUGUGGACGACGUGAAAGAGGGACUAAAUACAACAGUGUGUGCUGUGGUAGUUGACCCUAUUCUCGAUUGCCCAGUUGGUUUCCCGUUUAAUGUUUCGUUAGAGCUCCACUACAACGGAGACCCUGA